UAAGGAAAUGACGUGGUGCGCGUGCAGAGAUGGUCCCAAAUAGAAAAGUGAAGUCGUGACACCGGGUCGAGGAGGGUGCUGGGACCUGGAGCUGAAACGAACCAGGAUGGGGGACAUCGCAGAAAAUGAGGGCAGCUUCUACUCCAAUGCAGAGGGCUACUGGAAGGAGGUUCCCCCCACCGUGGACGGCAUGCUGGGAGGGUACGGCAGCAUCUCCAGCAUCGACAUCAACGGAUCCAAAGCUUUCCUGAACAAGUUCCUCGGCGAAGGUGAGGGGAAGACGGGUGCGGGCUGCGCUCUGGACUGUGGCGCCGGCAUUGGGAGGAUCACCAAGCGUUUACUGCUGCCGCUCUUCAAAACCGUGGACCUGGUGGACGUGACGCAGGAGUUCCUGGACAAAGCCAAGACGUACCUGGGGGAGGACGGAAAGAGGGUGGGGAACUACUUCUGCUGUGGACUGCAGGACCUUGUACCAGAGAGUGGGCGCUAUGAUGUCAUCUGGAUCCAGUGGGUCAUUGGUCACCUGACGGACAAUCACCUGGUGGAGUUCCUGCGUCGCUGUCAAAGCGCUCUGCGGCCGAACGGCCUAAUCGUGAUAAAGGACAAUAUUUCAUAUGAAGGGGUGGUCCCUGACGAGGUGGACAGCAGUGUGUGCAGAGACCUGGACAUCGUUCACAGUCUGGUGGGCAGAGCGGGUCUCCGCAUCGUCCACGAGGAGCAACAAAUGGACUUCCCAAAGGAGAUCUUCCAAGUCCACACUCUGGCUCUCAGAUAGAGGACUGCAGGAGGAGGGGGGCGGGGCAUGUAUACAAAGUGCUUCUUCUAGUCAGCGAGUCAUUUAUUAUCUGCAGAGUGACUCGUUUAACUAGAACCGUCUUCAUGUCUGGUGCGCCUUAAAGAGAACAUUCAGGUGUUUUUAACCACAGCCCCAUUUUUCCAUACUUUGACGUCUAAAUCAAGGCUGUCAGAAUCUCAGAUACUUGGAUACUUUUUCAAAUCGCAUAAAUCUAAACUGUUCACUUUCUGGAAAAUGAAACAGUUCCUUUAGUAAUCACAGUUUCAUAUUCACCUUUUAAGCUUCUGCACAUGGACAGUCGGCCAAUAGGAACUCUUCUGCUGUUUGGAAAUGGAGACGUCUCCUUCUUCCAGCUCUGUCAUCACCAGACCACAACCUGCGGUAUCAAUCUGACAGACUGUUUACACACUUUCAUCACGCCGCUCUGUAUUUAUUUAUUACACACAUGUUCAGUGUGGCGCCAAGUUCUCUGUCAGGGUGUGAUGAGCUUCACUGGACUGACUGAUGCUGGAAGCAGAGAGCGAGUCAGCUGCUUAUUGACUUUUUUAAUGUCGAAGAGCUUAUUGAAAACAGGUCAGUUUAGCUCGAUGUUCUAACUCAGACUUUUUGUUUUUCUUUAGUCCUUAAUUAUUAUUUAUCUGUAGACACUGAUGCUCGUCUAAAACUAAAAAUCUAACUUAAUGUUGAUCACUGAAUCAAGCAAAAUGUUUUACAUCCAACUUCUAAAGGUCCUAAUUUAAACAAACUGUUUAUACAAUCAAUGUCUGAACUCAUGAAUUUUAUGAACCUUGAAUGAUUCGUAUGAUAUGGAUUAUUUUCACCAGUAAAAAAUAAGAAGCUG